AGGAAAAUACGGCAUCGUGCGACGAGCGGUCGACAAGAAGACCGGCGUCAACUACGCGGCCAAGUUUCUACGCCGGCGACGCCGCGGUCAGUGCUGCGCCAAAGAAAUCAACCACGAGAUAGCGGUUCUGAUGCUGUGCGCCAACUCACAUCACAUCGUGCGACUGCAUGCGGUCCAUGAGACUCGCUCGGAGACGGCACUCAUUCUGGAACUCGCUACUGGCGGCGAACUCCAGACCCUGAUCGACAGCAAAGGACAGCUUUCGGAAACGAAAACGAGAACCUGUAUGCGGGAAAUAUUGCGUGCUCUGCAUCACCUUCACAAACAAUCCAUUGCACAUCUGGACUUGAAGCCACAGAACAUUCUGCUCAGUGGAAAUGAUGUUGAAGACGGUCUCAAACUGUGCGACUUCGGUAUCGCGCGUAUUGUCGAAGAUACGGGCAAGAUAUACGAGAUUCUUGGCACACCCGACUACGUGGCCCCCGAGGUGCUACACUAUGAACCACUAUCGCUGAAGACCGACAUCUGGUCGAUUGGGGUGCUGACUUACGUGCUGCUCACCGGAUGUUCUCCCUUCGGCGGUGACAACAAGCAGGAAACGUUCCUUAACAUAACCAAAUGUUUGCUCACCUUCCCGGAGGAACUGUUCGAGGAAGUGUCGAUGGAUGCGAUUGACUUUAUCCAGAGUGCGCUUCGAAUUAAGCCGAAGGAGCGCCCCACCGUGAAGGAGUGCCUUGAGCACCGCUGGCUCAAAGAAGACAGUGUAAGUGUUGCCAGCGAAACGUUAGCCGCUUCCGUCGUAGUGCAAAUACAAUCAGAAACCUCGGAACAAAUUCUUCCCUGCCCACCGUUCACUUCCCUUCUCGAGGAAGCGACCUUUCCCGAGGAACAAGUGGUCGAGGUUGUGUAUUUAAAUGGCCAUAGUCAAAGUAAUGGCGAUAAUGCCGAAGAACCAGUGUUGAAAGGUGAGGAGCAACAGCCUACAGCAGAGGAAGAGGUGGACGAUGAAGCAGAAACCAACAAAGAGAACGUCCUAGUACAAACCAUUGCUCAACAACAACAACCGUUGACUAGUGUGGUGGAGAUUGUCAGUGUUUCCUUGUUCCCAGAUGCCCCUACCACUCCGAAGGUCAGUCGGAAAGCUCCACCCUCCGAGCAGCAACAAAAUGGCCACCUUAUUCAUCAUAACCACCAAAACGGUCAUCACCAUCAUCAUCUCCAACAUCAUAGUCACCACCAGAACAACAUCAACAACAACGUGGUCAUGGUGAGCAGUAGACAAACCACCAACGGUACGACCACCACCACCAGCCAGACGACGACAUCGGCGACAACGGCGUCCGGUAGCCCCUCAGUCAAAGCAUACGUACAAAAGUUCCAGCAGCAGCACCAGGAAUCCGCAACGGCGACUGUGAUGCUUCCGAUGGAAAACGGUUUCUGUGCCGCAGCGGCUGCCACUCUGUGCUGUCUCAAGUGUAGCGAAGAGACGGGCACGGGAGCGACAGCCACCGGGCUGGCAGUAGCCGUUGCCACGGUCGCAACCCGAAAGACGCUCCAGUGCGGUGACAAAGGUAUCAUCUGCUGAGAACCGGCUCCCGGUGGGAGACCACUUGCUGCUGCCGCCACUGCCACCAGCCGCAGGUGGAAGAGUCAGUGUUUGUAGGUGAACGGGUGUCCCCGAGA